AUGCGCAGAAAAUGUCAACAUAGAAAAUGGCAGGAUAUCAACAACGAUUAAAAUGUUUUGAAGAUUUACUGGAAGCAGACGUUAUUGACUUGAAAGCCUUAAGAAAUCUUUGUUUUAUAAGCGGCUGUCCGCAUGAAAAAAGUAUUAGAUCAAUUUGUUGGAAGAUUUUCUUAAACUAUAUUCCACUUGAGAAGAGAAAAUGGAAUGAUGUGCUACAGAAACAAAGAAACCUGUACAAACAGUAUAUUGAAGAAAUAAUCAUACUUCCUGGCAAAAAGAUGAAAUCCAAAGAAUCAGCCAAUGGAGAAUUAGAGGAUCAUCCAUUAAACCCUAACCCAGACAGUGAGUGGAGAGAAACAUUUAGAGAUAAUGAAAUGCUGUUACAGAUUGAUAAAGACUGUAGACGUCUUUGCCCCGAUUUGUCUUUCUUCCAACAAGCCACAGAGUACCCAUGUGAAGUUUUAAUAAACUCAUCGUCCAGUGUGGAGAAUUUACGGAAACGUGUUGAACAAUGUGUCCUUCAGUCUGAAACAGUUGCUAAAAAUAGACUUGGAAUUACCUUAAAUGUAGUUUCAAAGAAACGUACCCACAGUGAUGAAUACUCUGUACUACCUGAUGGUAAAGAGGCACACUGGGAAGUUGUAGAAAGAAUCUUGUUCUUGUAUGCAAAACUAAAUCCAGGUUUAAAUUAUGUACAGGGUAUGAAUGAAAUUCUAGGACCUAUUUAUUACACAUUUGCCACAGACCCUGAUCAGAAUUACAGAGAGCACGCUGAAGCUGAUUCCUUCUUUUGUUUUACAUGCUUAAUGAGUGAAAUCAGAGAUUUUUUCAUCAAAACUUUGGAUGACUCACAGUUUGGCAUUGGUAGUAAAAUGAAUCAGUUAAUGGAGAUGUUAAAAGAACUAGACAGGCCGCUGUGGCAGCGACUGCAAGACCAAGAGCUGAGGCCACAAUUUUAUGCUUUUAGGUGGAUUACUUUGUUGCUUUCACAGGAGUUUCAGUUGCCAGAUGUUCUCAGAAUAUGGGAUUCAUUGUUUGCUGAUUCACACAGAUUUGAAUUUCUCAUCUAUAUAUGUUGUGCUAUAUUGAUAUCAGUUCGUCAGGAUAUCUUAAAGAAUGAUUUUCCCAGUAACAUGAAACUAGUACAAAGAGUUGAAUCUGAAAUUGACCUUCGGCAAGUUCUGGCUAAAGCAAGAGAAUUGUCUAGUACUUAAAGGAAAGAUCAAGUUUUGGAACAGGAGGCAGGGAGAGUACUGAGUGGUGCUACUCUUGAUGAUUCUGACAAGAGAUACAUAAUUAAUCACCAAGUGAUACCUGAAAUAUAGUUCUUGACAUUUGUAAACAGAGACCCUUUUUUUUUUAUUCGAACAAUGUGUACAUAUGUAUAAAGAUAUUUUAGUCCAAGGGUAAUGCUUUUUAUAAAACCUGAAAAUGACAGUAAAAAACGAUCAAAUAUUUUGAGUGAAAGUAAUAACACACUUACAGAGUGUUUAGUCUUGAAUACAGUCACUAUACUAUACAUUUAUUUGUUUUUAUUUCUUUUUCUCAUAAUUCUGUGAUGUAGUCAUUAGAUGGACUACAAUAAUUAAGUUCACUUUGAAUUGUGCUACAUUGAGAUGCUGUAGUCAGUUGGAUAUGAAGCUUUUGUCUUUCAUCAUUUAUAUUUCUUAACUCUGUUUUGAUUUUAUUUACUUUGAACUGUUUUAAAAUUGUUUCUUUAAGUGUGGAAUUCAAUGUUUUUCAUUGUUUAAAUCAAAUUCUUUUUCCCCCAUUUUUACAAAGCUUACAUCAGCUCGCUCUGUCUGUCUGAUACAAAUUUUGAACACAUUAUUUCUCCCUAAUACAUUCUCAGAUCAAGUUGAAACUUUGGAUUAUUAUUCGUUGGCCUUGACAAAACAUGAAUCAAUAAAAAAAUACUAAUUAUUCAAUUAAUUAUUUGUAAUUAAUUUUUUUCUUUACCAACUAGGAAAACUAAUCACUCACUAUUCACAUAUAUGGCUUACGUUGUUGGGUUUUGGUAAUUAGGUAAAGUGUACAAGCUAUUUCUCCCACAUGCAUUCUGGAACCAAGUUGAUACCUACUUUAAACAAUUAUUUAUUGUACCUAAAAAAACAACAUAAAUCAAUUUAAAAAAUUAACCAAUUAGUCAAUUAACUAUUUUGUUUGAUAUUGAAUAAUGGAAAUAACUUCUACAUUGUUGAGAGCUAUAGCUGUAUGGGCAGAGUUUUUACCCUUAGAUAAGCUUUGUUUUUUAAAAAAGAUUGGGUUUUUUUUUGUGUUUUUUUUUUUACAUUUCUCUUGUUAUAUUUAUAUAAAUUUUGUCUUGAUAAAGAUAAGCAGAGAGCACUACUAAGAUUAUAUUGACAUUAUAGUGAACAAUAAGACAAUUAGCUAAUUAUUAAAUAUCUAUAUACCAUACAAAAGUAUUUAAAUUGAUGCUUGUAAUAUUGUAAGCAUUGUUAAUAAACAGUUAUCAUCUCUCUUUUAUAAUAUUGAUACUACCAUUGGCGCUACCAUUAGGCUUAGUUGUGAAGACAUUCCCACUAGAGCCAUAUGGCAAGUGUGUACUUUGUCGAAUGGUCUAUAAAACCUCAAGAUUAAACUUUCUGGGGUGAUUACCAACCAAGCAUGCUGUUCAUAGGAAGUCAACUAUUUUCUGAGAUUCUAUUUCUGUGACAUUCCCUUCGUUUAACAUUAAAUUAUUAUUUUGAAAAUAGAUUGAUGAGACUGAACAUUCCUUAGGAUGGGAAUGUUUGUAAUGUAUGUAUUUAAAGUUGAUUCACUUAGACUUUCCUUGUACUGUUGUAUUUACCUGAUUAUUGUGUCUGUGAAGCUUGCCACUGUGUCUAAAUAAAGCUUGUAUAGUCAGUGUGCCCCAUGUUGGCUUAUUUGAAAUUGUUAAAACCUGUUACUUUGUUGCCAACUGUUUCAUGCAAUUGAUUUAUGCUACAAUUGAACUGGAAGUUCUUGUUAACUCUUAACAUGCAAUGUUUCACAACUCGUGUGUCUGUAAAUAUGAACCCAUUGGAAUAGUAGCACUGGAAACUUCCUCUAUUUGUGGCCCUUGGCAUAAGAAGACAUCACAGUUUUGAACUGAUAUUAAUGUUUCAGGAUAUUGUACUAGUGUCAACAAAUAACAAUGUGAUCUUCCUCAUAUAUUAGCUCAAGUGUCUUGAAUGGAAGUGAUAUUAAUAUUUCAAGAUUAAAUGACACAAUUUUGUAUGUAUUUUGUUUAAGCUUAUAGAACUGCAGUGAUAGUGGGUUGUAAAAAAAAAAAAUAAGAUCACCAGGUCUGUAUGAUCUUUCUUGUUUGGGUUCCUAGCAACCAAACUCUAAGAGAAAUGGAUAAUUUUGUUGUUUUUUUUUCUACUUGAAGUGUUACAAAUAAUUACUUAUUAUAGACAUUAGAAGAUAACUAUUUUUUUAUUUUUUUUUCACAGAUAUUAAUAAUUCUUUAACAUUGCUGUUUUAGAAUGAAAUGUUAUUAAUAAUUCAGAUGUGUGAUAUUUUUUGGAUGUUUAACCAUGUGUUGAUUCUUGUAUUGUUAUUUUGACCAUAAGUUGUGUUGCUCUAAAUAACCAAAUUCACAUCAUAUUGUUAUUAUGUAUUGAUGACUUGUAUAGCUAUCAAAUUAUGUUUUAAGAUUUCAUGGUCAGUUUUUAUCAUGCAAAGCGAUGUUUUUUGUUUUUUUUUACCUUUAAUAUUAAACAGAAGAAAUUUAAAAAUGUAUAUCUGCCAUCUAUACAUAUGAUAACAAAUGUGUUUUCAUUCUAUGUUUAUUUAAAUACAAAGAUCUAUGUAGUUCUGAAAUGGUUAAUACUCAAUAUUUGAACAAGCAUGAUAACCAGUUAGGUUUAAGUAUCACUCCAGUGUCAUAGUUCAUAUUCUUAAUGCAUUUUGUUCUGGGUAAAGAAUGUCUGGCAGCGAUCUUGAUUUAUUUUUUCAUUUCAGAACUAUUUAUGUUUUUAAACAAGUUGUGCAUUCUAAGAAUGGAACUUCUAGUCUUACAAGCAUUAUUAGACCAAAAUUAUUGAUCACCAUGUUAAUAAAAUAAGCUUGUUUUAUGACCUCAA